AUGCGGCUGCAUUCGGCAUUCGCCUCAUCCCUGCUGCUGGUGGCAGCUGGAGUUGCUCAGGCCGCCUCGUCCUGGUCUUUCGACGAGGCCAGCAUAUCGGUCAAGGCCAAGGGCAGCAGCGACACGGUGCAGGAGAAGCUCAAUGCGAGGAACCCGCUGGCAUCGGCCAUCCGGCUCGGCAGCGAUGGCGUCGCCAAAAUCAGCCUGACGGCCAAGGACAGCGGCAAGGCCAAGCGUCCACACCAGGCCUUUCUGCUGCUGCAAGACGUCGAGUCUGGCCUCGAGGCGCCCUUCCCGCUGACCGUUAAGGAGAGCGGCAAGGGCACCGUCCAGAUUGCGCAAAAGGACAUUCCCGUGCAGCUCGUGCUGGCCAAGCAGCCGCUGCGCGCCAGCAUCGUGAUCGGCUCGUUCGGCUCGGCCCAGGGCUACGCUGCGCCCGUCUUCGACCUCCAGCUGCAGGUUGACGCCAGCGCCGCUCCUCUGGUCUACGAGGCGCCCGAGCGCUUUGGCAAGCUGCCCGAGAUUCACCACAUCUUCCGCGCUGACCCGCAGUCGCCGCCCAAGCCGAUCAGCCUGUGCUUCGUGCUGCUUGUGGCCGCCGCCCUGCCGGCUCUAUUCGUGGGGUGGCUCGUGCUUGGUGCCAAUGUCAGUCAUCUCAGCAAGGCGCUAGCAGCUGCGCCCGUGUCGCACGCCUCCUUCUUUGGCUCCGUCGUCGCUCUCGAAGGCAUCUUCCUCCUCUACUACACAUCGUGGAACCUGUUCCAGACCCUGCCGGUUGUCGGUGUCGUCGGCGCCGUUGCCGUUCUGAGCGGGUCGCGGGCCCUCGGUGAGGUGCAGGCACGGCGUCUGGCGGGCGAGCGGUAG